AGUUUGAACAUUAUGGAAGAUAGAGGAAAGGAAGAGAACAUAGCGGGCGCAGUUUUAAACGACGAUCUGGAGUUUUGGAUGACUCGGUUUCCGGCGCCACUCAAAAAUAUACCCAUAAUACAUCUGGCGAUACCCGGUUCUCAUGAUACCAUGACUUAUACGAUUGAUAGACACAACGACGUGGGACCAGACGAACCUGCUUUCAUUCGAACGCUCGGCCGUUACUGUUCAUUCGUUGCCAAGCCCAUUAUUUUAAAUUGGUCUAUUACACAACGCGAUGAUAUCAAGCAACAGCUUAAUGGCGGAAUCCGAUAUUUAGAUCUGCGCGUUGCCACAAAGCCGGGAACUAAUAAUUUAUACUUCCUUCACGGUCUGUACGGUGCAGAAAUAAGCAAGCCACUUCUCGACGUGGCCAACUGGCUUAGCUCGCAUGCGAAUGAGAUCGUUAUCCUGGACUUUCAGCAUUUCUAUGCUUUCAAGGAACUGGAUCAUCAUCGUCUCAUAGACAAAAUAACUCAAAUUUUCCGUGGAAAAUUGUGUCCGGUCUCAUCCAGAUUUCAUCACAUAACGUUGCAAUGGCUGGUCCUAAAGAGAUACCAGGUGUUCGUGAUUUAUAGGAACGUUUAUGCGCGUAAUUAUGCGAAUUUAUGGCCAUCCGGUCUCUGGCGUACCAUGUGGCCCAAUACCAUCCGCGUGGACGAAUUGAUUAAUUUUUUGAAUAUUGAACUACAGAGCAGAUCGUUGGACAUCGCAUUCAUAUCACAAUGCCUCCUGACGCCGGAUACACCCUACGUCAUGAAACAUUUGUGUGGUACCUUGCAAAGAGAUCUGGUGCCUCGCUGUCAGAAAGAAAUUCUCUCCUGGAUAAGUCAGAAAUAUCCUGGCCGCGGCGGACUUAAUAUAGUCAUAACGGAUUUUGUGUCGGAUAGCAACUUUCUAUUUUCCAAAACAGUUAUCCAGAGUAAUAUGAAACUUCUGCACAGUUAGUUUAAUUUUACUUCUGCUUCAAAAUAUAAAUAACAUA